AGGUCUGUAGAAGCCUUUACGGUUGGCAGUAUGUAUUUCAUCUCAUUUUUUUCACAUUGUGUCAGAUUACCAUAGACAAAUACAAAUGUUGCCUAAUCUGCAGUCAUGUCAUUAAUCCACAGAUUACAGAAAUCAUGAUGUCCAGCCAUAAUCCAUCUUUGCUGUGAAUGCGUUUCCUUUCCUUCCCAAAAAGUGAGGUUUAUCCCUAUUUAUAGAUUUUAUAUAAAUUUUGGUGUGUUACUUAUAGUUUUCCGUUUGUGAUAAUUCGUAAGAAACUUAAGGAGAAGAUGUCUUCAGGAAGACCAAUCAAGUGCGUGGUUGUCGGUGAUGGCACUGUCGGAAAGACGUGCAUGCUUAUAUCGUACACCACAGACAGUUUUCCUGGUGAAUAUGUACCCACAGUAUUUGACAACUAUUCAGCACCAAUGGUGGUGGACGGAGUAGCAGUCUCUCUAGGCCUGUGGGACACAGCGGGGCAGGAAGACUAUGACAGACUUAGGCCUUUAAGCUACCCACAGACUGAUGUCUUCCUCAUAUGCUUUAGUGUCACAAGCCCAUCAUCAUACGAAAAUGUUACUUCCAAAUGGUAUCCAGAAAUUAAACACCACUGCCCGGAUGCACCUAUUAUUUUAGUUGGUACAAAGAUUGACUUGCGAGACGACCGCGAGACGCUCAGUUUGCUGUCCGAGCAGGGCAUGUCACCACUAAAGCGAGAACAGGGACAGAAGCUCGCGAAUAAAAUUAGGGCCGUCAAGUACAUGGAGUGCUCGGCGCUAACGCAACGCGGACUCAAACAGGUGUUCGACGAGGCCGUGCGCGCGGUCCUGCGGCCGGAGCCUCAGAAGAGGCAUCAGCGGAAGUGUCUCAUCAUGUAGAUAUGCCAGGACACCACUGAACGUGGCAGCAGUUGAAUCUCCAACAGUAAUAAUCUGUUUCUACACCGGUCACUUGCUCACAAUCCGUUAUAUAUCUAGUUGCUCAUUCGUGAAUACUCUCAUAGCUGGUAAAUUGACUGCAAAUCUCAAAAUGCUCUCUGGAAUAGGCGCUAUUUCCUUCUCAGAUUAAGAAAUGGCGGCCAUUUAAAACAUUUCAAUAGAACAAUCGGCACAAUCGCCAUCGAAAACUAUUUUAGUAGGUAUACAGAUUGUUUACGAAUACGAAUGGAUCAGUAUUCAAAUUUUGAAAAAUAAUCGCUGUUUAGAUUAUUAUUUAAUAGACUGAUUUCGUUCGCAAACGAUAUCUUAUGCUCUAAAGUCUAAUACACCAACUAACAUUUAGCUUUCUUACCUCUCUAUCAUAGAGAAAUAAGUAAGGAUAGAGCGCUAACUCCAUACAUCAGUUUUCUUACCAAAGCGCGGGUUAUUUUCGUAGUCUACAUCCAGCAUCAAUUAGCGAAUUUAUCAGUACUGCUACUUGAUAAUAGAAAAGUUUGAUGCUCAACAAUUUUCAGCUAAUAUUAUAACCGGAUUAACCGGAACUCUAUUUUCAACUCCUUCUGCUUGUAAUAUUAGUUGUAAAUUGUUUUAGCAAUAAAUUUUUCGUCAGUCGCAACACUCGUGACAUCUGGUGUCAAGUAGCGGUUCUGAUAAAUCCACUACUUGACGCUCGACUACGAAAUAACCCGCGUUUUGGUGAGAAAACUGAUGUAUGGCGUUAGCACUCUAUCACUUAUUUUUCUAUGCUCUCUAUAAAGAAAUAUUUAAUGAAGACUGGCUUAGUAAUAUUUUGUUUAUUACAAAAAAAAUGCUUGUUUGAAUGAGAGCAUUUUCAGUUAAAAAUUCUGUAUAGGUAAAUACCAAAUAUGUCAAAUGUAAGCCAAUAUAAUAUGAUAUAAUACUUCCUUCAGCAAUUUCUUUGAAAUUGUAUCAGUACCGCUCCUUUUUAAAUGUGCCAUAGACAACAUUCAACUUUUUUUUAUACAUGUGAUAUUCGGAUCAUCACAAUUUAUACAUUGCUGCAGAAGCAAGCAAAUGGUUAUGCCAAAGAUUUAUGAAUAGAUAUAAGUGUCAGUAUUUACGUGUAGAUAUUAUUGUAAAGAAUCUCCAACGGUUAGAAACAAAUUGUUACUGUUAAGAAUAAAAUGAAUACUAUUAUUUUUGUACAUGCAACCUCGAUAGGAAGCUUUGAGAUAUUAUAUUCUUAUGCGACUUCCGAACAAGGACUGACCUUAGACGCUAGUUAUAUUGAUAUACUCAAUUAUAUGUUCACUAAUUUAGUUGCGGAAUUAUUUCUAAAGGACACUACGAAGAUUUUCGAACAUUGAACCGCCAGUUCCUAUUUCAAUCACACGCGCGUAAUAGAGGGUCGUUGACACGUGUCGAAUUUUAUAACUCAAUUUAGUUAAUUAAAUGAGCAAUUUAUUACAAUAAAUUGGAAACUUAAAAAAAUAUAUGAGAAAAAAAUACAAGACCUCAAAGUUUCAACAAUUUAAAGUGCGGGUGCCAGACUUUGACCACAGUUUGUGACUUUUGUAUUGCUUUAAGACAAUGGGUCCCAUACAUACAUUUGAUCCUCAAAACAAACCUGACCGACUGAUACUGAUACCAUUAACAAAAAUUUGUCAAAUACCUUAUUAUAUAGCUGUCUCGCUCGCACAGUGGUAUUGACCCCCGGCAUCAUGGGCGGGACCGAGACAGCAAUAUAUUUACGCGCUUGCGAUAGAGAUAGGAACGUAUUCGUGUUUAGCGUCCUUACUUUAUGAUUAAGCAUUUAUAUUUGUAUGAGUUUGAAGAAAUAUAUUUGUUGUGGUUAUUUAGGAACGUAUCAUAUGCUUUAUAAAAUAAUCUAUAGCUUUAGUAGCUAACAGUUUGUACGGGCGUGCUCGAAAUAACCUGUAGGUAUGUGUUUUGAUACGUUUUUUCAUUUUGACUUAGUAUUUUUACUAUUGACAGUAUACAUUGCAGCUAUUUAAGUGUUUAUCUGUUGGUUGUUUGCAAGAGAGCGAGAAUAUGUACGGUUAACUUGGACUUAGGAUCUAAGUGUAGAUGGGCGAAUCAACUGUUUUGUGUUGUUAUUCUGUCUCGUUAGCCAGGGGACAAUAGUUGCACAGUUUGUUAGAAAAAUGUAUCAUGUUUUACUAACAUGCUUAGUCAUGCCUAGCCACUUAGGCUGCCUGUCCACUGAAGCGGAGCGGUGAGCGAGAUAAAAAUCCACCAAAUACGCAAUGCGAAAUUUUAUGCAACUCUAUUGGUGGUUUUUUAUCUCUCUCACCGCUCCGCUCCAGUAGGCAGGCAGCCAUAAGGCUGCCUAGCUCUUUCCAUAAUGGAAAGGGCUUAUAACUACCACAAAAACGCAUGUUUUUAGUAAAUGUUAUAUCUAAAUUCCGGGUUUUAAUAGUUGGCCGGGAAACGUAACCAUGACGAGUAGAAAAAAGUUGAUUCAUCCAGGUACAUAAGGUGGAAAAGGAUCUUACAGUAGCAUUGCUGUAAGGUCCCUUUUCACCUUAUCACAAGGUACAGUUGAAGGCAAAAAUAUCGAUCUACACAAAUGGCUAAAAAAUAUGUGAACACGACUUUAUUGUCUAAGGUGUAAAGCGUACACAUAUUUUUGAAACUGGGAAUGUAUAUAUAUUUAUGCCCUUGAAUGUACAGAACGGUCCUAUUUGCAAGGGCGUGACACAUAAGAGAAACCAUUUGCAAAAUAAUUAAAAACAAAGUUUCCCUAAAGUUAAAUUGAACAACAAUGCUAGUACCUAUAAUAUUUGAAAUGUAUGAAACUGUAUAACAAUCAUUAAUUUAGAUUUGAUACUGUAACUCGAAACUAAUAGAAGUUUCUCGAAGUUUUUCAAUUCUUAAUUUUCAAAAUUAGUAUUACCUAAUGUAGACAGUUAUAUCCUACUUAGUUAUUAUUUUUGUGUUUUAUAUACGGAACAAAAAAUUAAUACAUUGACCCAGACAUUUUAGAAACUGUACGAUCGACGUCAAAUAUAUGGUAACAAUCUAACAAUUUCGAACCUUACUCCUUUGUAACAAGGCGAAAAUGUAAACUUAACUUUGAAGUCGAAUUUUUCUUAACAAUGAAAAGUUUGCAUAUUUAAUCCGUCUACGAUAGGCCUAACUAAAGCAUGUUCAGACAAACCCUGAACACAAAUUCGCUCAAAGCGCUUUUGACACCAUAAAAUCACUCGCUAAGGCCACGCUCCCACUAUGUCGUAUUAGCGACAGUAAUCGUACCGUUAUAUAUGUGAACACCUCAAUUUAAAUAUACAGACCACGAUGCACGACUAUAAUAUAUGUUGUUACGACAUAGUGGGAACGCGGCCUAACACCAGUCAAUGGUAUAUUAUACAUUUUCUCAAAUGAUUUUUACGCCGAAGACCCUCAUCAUCAUCAUCAUCACUUAAGAGCUUUGCCCUUGUCGGUGGAGUAAUUGCCAGUCCUUUCUUUCCUGAGCCAGUCUUUUGAUUUGCCUAAGACCCUAAUGGUCUGUUAAACAAAAGGCAUUGUUUCUUUUGUGCGAGCGGUCGGACAUUGCGUGCCAUUGUGUCUGAGCGCGUGCCAUUGUGUCCACGCCCUCAGACACAAUGGCCGACCGCUCUCAUAAAAGAUACAAUGGCUUUUGUUUAACAUAUUAGGGUCUUAGGCGUAAAAAUCAUUUGAGAAGAUUCACACUAUAAUAAAGUUUCAAUUAUCGGGUCAAGGACUGGCAACGUCUAAAUAGGAUAGAAAACAUACGAAGAAAGCUAUAUGGGUAUAAAGCUUAUGAAAAAAGGGCGUAGACUAGCUAUCAUUUAAAACCACAUUAUACGCAGAUAACAAUAGGCACUAACGUACGAAAACUUAUCGCUGUUAGAAUUACGCCCUAGAUUUUAUACCUUUAAUAUUUUUUUUUUUUUUUUCAUUACACUUGCUCGAAAAUGAUCUUAUUUUAUUUCAUGCAGGUAUACUGAAGGACAAAGGCAUAUAUAUUGUUACCGAGAGAGUUAUAGCUUUUUUUAAAUUGUUUCACUAAUUCAUACGAACCAAGUAUAGGUAUAAUAGAGUUUUACUUUUAAAAUACUGACGUUUAUAAUUUAUUUUUAUUGUUUAUGUUUAAAAAUAUUUAAUUUCAUUAAUCGCACUUAAACUAUCGUGAGACAUAUUUCAAAAUAUUUAUCAGUACGGUUUUUACUCACUAUUAUUUUAGUCGCUUUUUGCGACAUGUUUCGGAUUCUUUGGGAAUCCAUCCUCAGGCACGAGUGUAAUAGUGAGUAAAAACCGUACUGAUAAAUAUUUUGAAUUUAAUUAAUAUUAAAUUAAUUACGACUAUUAAAGCCGUUUAAAAUAUUUUUACAGAAUUUUCAAUCGUGGCUGAAUGCCGGAUAGAUCUGUGCCUUCGAUAUCCAACCUGUCAAACACAGACGGACAAAUGUUUGAAAUGUCACCGUAGUUAAGAAUUAUUUUACUAAAAAUUUAGUUUUUUCUUUGCAAGUGUGAUGAAAAACAUUGUGUGUAACUCCGUGGGUAAGAAUAUUGCAAACUCGAGUCUUUAACGCACUCCAGCCUGCGGCUGUCGUGCAUCUAAAGACCUCGUAAACCUCGUUAACAAAAUUUCACUUACCCCCCCUCGUUGCACAAUGUACUAUUAGUCGGUCGGUUACAACGCGCGACAGAAGCGAUAUCGUAGCGAUACAAACGUGCGACGCAGACGCGCUGUUUACGUGUGCGAGGGUGUGUAUAACCGGUAUAACCAGAGUAUCGCGGCCUUUUUGCGACUGUAUCGCUGCAAAAAGUCGCCGUGUGCGUCCUCCCUAAAACCAGCGGUAGCGGUUAAAGUUAAUCAUCUGUUUAAUUAAACCUUACCCAUUACUCCCAUUAGUUUAAAUAUCUAACGCAAAAGGCCGACAGUGCGGGACCUGUAUCAUACUCGAAUGGUUUCUCAUGGUAAAUAGUGCACUUUCUAUGCGCGAUUAUAAUUAUAAAGGUGUUUAUCUUUAGUCAUUCGUUAAGACAAAAUAUUUUUGUAUGCAUGAAAACCUAGAUUAAGAAUAACAAAGCAUUUACAGUGUAUCGUGACGAGUACAGCAUUUGUUUUAUAUCAUUUCGUAAAAUCGUUUUGUACUAGGCCGCUUUUAUUUACAGAAAACGCUUUGAAAGUAACGAUUGUGUAUAUAAAUAGGUACCUAUUCAAUUAUUUAUAUAAGAACAAAAUGCGCAAUUUAAUACUAAAUCAUGUGUAAAACUGCACUUAAUAAAUUAUUGAAUUUA